UUACAGUAGCCUAAUUCCAUGUGAAGAAAACAACUUCUGCACUUCCAUCUACUAUGAUUUACAAAGAGAGUAUUUUUUGUCAUCCAAAGAAACUAAUAUAAUAUUACUAACUGAAGAAAACUAUUUUUUUAGAAUAGCACAAAUUCAAAAUGCCAAAACUAAAUUUCUGUGGUUUCACACAGGAAUACCAUCAUACUGAUACAGUAAUCCAAAGAGAAUACCUUAUAUUAGUAUACAUCAACUGUAGAGAAGAAGAGACCACAUGGUCUUUCAAACUGUGAGCUAAAGACAGCACCUUUAAGCUUUGUUUUAGCACAGAGGAACUCAAAAUCAAAAUAUUAGUCAAACAUACUUCUGGUUGCUAUUGUUUAUUGGAUCUGUGGAAUACACUGAGGCUCCAGUUGGGGAUCUUUUAUUGUUUUCACCCACACACAUAAUGACAUCAGUCCUGGAGAAUUUACUAUCUAAACAAGCAAGUAAAGGAACAUCAUUUUCAACACAUCUAUUCAAGCUGAUAGCCUUUUCACAGACAGCUGCUACCACUGGAGCAGUUUAUAUUCUCAAACAACAAAAUGAUGUGGAAUUCUUACAAAUUUACAUAGAAACCUGACAGUCUUUUACCCUACAAUUGUUAGCAGCACAGAAAACGUUGAAAAAAUUUGAAGGAAAGCUUCGCUAAACUGUGAACUUUAUCUAAUAUGACCAGAUAUUAUUAGUGUAGACUUCAUUUUCAGAAGUGUAUCUAAUCUAUCCUGAAGAGAUUUUUUCCUAACUGUAAAAUAAUUCCGUUGUGGUAUGAAAACACACAGGACUUCAGUAAAACCUUACAUAAAGCUAACUUGGGACAUAUUUAUAGAUCAUAAGGCAAUCUGCCAUUAAAACAAAUAACUAAAAAUUCCUAUACUGCAGUAAAAUUAACGUUAGUCCUAUCUGGUGAACAGCACUGCUGAGUUGACAGCAAAUGUCUGCACCUGAAGCACAGUGACAGAAGUAGCCUCACAAACCCGAUAGCCUCAACCACAUUUGAGGUGACAUACAAAUAAUAACAAACUCAUCUCAGCACAAAACAGCAGUGACAUGGUUUCUAUUAGUCUUAAACAGCCAAGUUUGUGUGUGUGCUUCACUGUGAAACUUCACAUACACACCAAUUUUUGCUCAAAGAUUUUCCUCAAACAUGAGCAAGUACCUGCAAAGCCAUAAAAGUAGUUCAACAAACAACAAACAAAGCAAUCCAGCAGAGAUCACUGGGCAAGGGAGGGAUUUUGGCUGACGAAGUAAGUUUAGCAGUGUUUGGUUUAGAAAAUGUUUACUUUGGGAGAUAUACAAAAAAACUAGCACCAAAGUUCAGAUUUAAAACUUGCCAUUCCCCUCACUUGAGCUGUUUAACACAUCUUUUCCAUACUGUGACUUAAAGGUAAGCCUCAUUUACAUCUUCUGUUAUUUUAGGUAGAUCUGAAUCAAAUGCAUGUAUAUUGCAGAGCGAGGAAUGCUUUGUUUGUAUAGGUGGAGAUAAGCAUUGUUUAAGCUUUAGUGAAGAUGAAAAUGUAAAGUUGGGAACUACCGACAGCAAAUUCUUAUACAGCAAAAGCAGAAAAUAUUUUUCAGUAGUUACUGGACAAAGAAUGUCAGCUGAGAGAGAAAAAAAUCAUCUUUUUCUCUUCUGGGGGUAGGGGAAAUAAAAAAGAAAGAAAGAUGAAUUUCUGAAGAAAUGAGUACUCCCGACUCAAGUCCUUUAAUCACAAUGUAAAUCUUUUAGUGAUCCUUCAUUAUUGUAAAAACAAUUCAUUUUUUAUAUGGAAUAAUCAUCCCGUUUUAAGAUUUCAAGCUAAUUACUUUCAGGGGAGAGUUCAAAAAAUUAAGUCUUAGCUUAGUUACUUCAGUCCUGUUACGAGCCUGAAAAGCACUGCAAGCAAUGGUUUACAAAUUUGUGCAUCUAUGUAUUUUACUUCUACAGCUCCUUGGCCUAUUUGCUAAUUUGCAAAACAUUUUAAUCAACUUCUUAGUAAAAUUUUACUUUCGUCAUUCAACAUUUUUUCUAAUAUUAUAAAUCUUCGUGGUUAUCUUCCUUUACUCAAAGCAAGUGCUAUGAAUUGAAACUGAUUUUAUACAGUCCCCAAAUAACUUUGACAAUGGUUUUUUAGAAAAAAAUCAAGACCCUGGUAUUCAGGCACCCAUUUUACAGUGUCACCUGACACAGUUAUUGAAUGCUCAUGUAUUGGUCUUUGACUACUGCAGGAAGAAAUUAAACUUUUCCAUACCUUUUUAAGAUCACUAUAAUUACUGCAAGUCAGAAUUAUGGUGAAAAGUCCUCAGACCUACUUCUUGUCAGAUGAGUAAGGCUGAUGGAUUAACUUCAAGUUAUGUAUCUAGAAAAAGUUCUUGAUUUUGAAGUCAUGACCCCCCCCCAAAAAAAAAAAGCAGCAGUGCACUGCUCCAGAGACCAAACUCCUUUUAGAAAAAAAAAAAAAAAAAACAGGUUCUGCUUAAAUAUAUUCACAGACACAGUAAGUGAAGUUAGAAAUCUAUCAUCAGGAUCACACUAAGACUGGAAGAACGGUUGCAAGCAGGAACUUACAGGACUUCGCAUCAUGAAGGAAAUAGACAACACUACAUAUUGUGCAGUGCUGCACAAAAGUAAACUGAAACUAAAUACAACCAAAUAAGAAACAAUCAAGAAUCCAAACAGAAGAGGCAGAUAGUUGUACCACAGUUGUAAAAAGUGAGCACACCCAUGGAGUAACACACAAGACAACAAACAGGCCAGCAUGAACAUUUAAGCAUUUUACACACUGCAGCCCCACUAACGGCAUGCAGUGCAGAUAAAUGUCUUCUGGUGAGCUCCUUCAGUGGAUCCCCAGUCCCUCCUUCUACCAAGCUCAGAUCUUUCAACUUCUCUUCAACUCAUAUUUUCAGUAAUGCAGUUUGUAAACUUUUUAAGCAAUUGUAUUUUAUACAUAAAUAGAUCAGUGUAUUUCAGGCAAUGAAUUUGUUAUCACUAUAUGAGAUAUGUCAAUAACUAUUACUUAAGCAGGAGGAGUUUAACCAAUUAUCCAGCAGGAUGGAGACAUUAUUUAAGCAAAAAUGGCUACCAGUAAAACAGAUUUAUCUAUCUACCUAAGACAGAUAAAUACUGUAUAUACUGAAUAAAGUAACUGCAGACUUUGUGGUCUGACAGAAUCCAUUGAAGACCUAGAAUUCUGGAACACACAAUUGAAAUUCAAUUACCCUCUUUCUUUCAACUUUGUUGUCUUCCAGGUUUUCAGAAUGAAGUUCCUAUUUCGUUUGCUUGCCUUGGCUAUCAUCAUAACCUCCACAUUUUGUGGAAUCAAGGACUUCAGCGACCAUUUUGAAAGCCUCAAAGAUGCACAUACACACGAAAAUGGAACCUAUGAUAUGCCAGACCUACCACUGGAGUUCCACAGAGAAAACACUAUCACCAAUGACUUGAUUCCUGAAGAGGAGGAGGAAGAGGACUAUCUAGAUCUUGACAAGAUAUUGGGUGAAGACGACUACAGUGACAUUAUUGAUGCUGCUCCACACAUAGUUUCUGAAAUUCAGCAAGGAAAUAUUCUGGAACUUUUCCAAGGCAAAACCAGAAUCCAGCGUCUUAAUAUCCUCAAUGCAAACUUUGGCUUCAACCUUUAUCGGAGCGUAGCAGACAAAGCCAACUCCUCAGACAAUAUUCUCAUGGCUCCUGUUGGUAUUUCCACUGCAAUGGCUAUGAUUUCUCUGGGUCUGAAGGGUCAAACUCAGCAGGAAGUAUUAUCUGUUCUCGGCUUUGAAGACUUCAUUAAUGCCAGCACCAAAUACGAGCUCAUGACUGUCCAUAACCUCUUUCGGAAACUCACCCAUCGGCUUUUCAGGCGCAAUUUUGGUUACACUCUGAGGUCUGUCAAUGAUCUUUAUAUUCGUAAGGACUUUUCUAUUCUGAAUGAUUUCAGAAACAAUAUGAAAACAUACUACUUUGCUGAUGCCCAACCAGCUGAUUUUUCAGAUCCUAACUUCAUAACCAAAACCAAUGAACGCAUCUUGAAGUUGACCAAAGGAUUAAUAAAGGAAGCCCUUGUGAAUGUAAACCCCACAACGCUUAUGAUGAUUCUUAACUGUCUUUACUUCAAAGGAACAUGGGAGAAUAAGUUUCCGGUGGAAAUGACAACCAAGAGAAGUUUUCGACUGAAUGAAAAGCAAACAAUAAAGGUUCCUAUGAUGCAGACUAAAGGGAACUUCCUAGCCGCUGCAGACCCUGAGCUGGACUGCGGAGUGAUCCAGCUGCCAUUUGUGGGGAACAUCAGUAUGCUGAUUGUACUUCCACACAAGCUCUCUGGCAUGAAAGCCCUAGAAAAGCAAAUAACCCCUCAGGUGGUGGAAAAAUGGCAGAAGAGCAUGACAAACAGAACCAGAGAAGUAGUUCUGCCUAAAUUUAAGCUGGAGAAGAACUACGACUUGAUUGGUUUUCUAAGAUCCAUGGGAAUAGAAGAACUGUUCAGUGAAAAAGGCAACUACUGUGGUGUAUCAGAAGAGAAAGUCUCCAUUGACAGAUUCAAUCAUCAAGGCACAAUAACCGUGAAUGAGGAAGGCACAGAAGCUGGAGCAAUAACCAACGUUGGAUUCAUGCCUCUUUCUACUCAGAUUCGCUUUAUUGUCGACCGCCCCUUUUUGUUUCUGAUCUAUGAACACCGUACCAGUUGCCUUCUCUUCAUGGGUAGAGUUGUCAACCCUGCCAAGCCAUAGAGCAGAGAGCAACACCAACAUGCUUUCAUACACAGGCUGUAUAAUUACGUAUUAAUAUAUCAUAGAAGUAUCACAAAAGGCAAUCUUCUUGUCGUAUUAGUUAAUACAAAAGCCCCGGUAUAAAAAAAAUAUAUAGUAUCUAUAAGUAGUUCUAUGUGAAUGGACUCAAUAGUAGCUGAUUUGACUGCAGUGCAACGUAUCAAUACAAGUAUAUUAAGAAAUAUCUCAAAGUAACUUUGUGUUUUACUUACUUUAUAAAAUGUAAUCAAUAAAAUAUGAAGACUAUCUGGAUUCUUGAAGUUCAGAUCUAA